UCAGUAAGGUCUUAUGGCAACUGGUAUAGCUUCAGGAAGCGGACAAUUACAUUUGAGGGAGCCUGUCUCCUGGAGGAUUAGCUAUGGAAAAGCUCAUUCUCAUUCCAAUUUGAUCCUGAACCGCAUGCAAAACCAAAUCAAUUGGUCUUCUGGGAUCUCCAAACUCUUGCAAGUUCAUAGAAGUAACUAUUCACAAUGUCAAGUGAAAAUAAACUGGAAGUCUCGCGGAGGAACAAUCAAAUCAUACCUGAGAGAAGGCUCAACUAGGUAUUUUGAUUUUGCUGUGAUUGGUAGUGGAAUUGCUGGCCUUCGAUAUGCUCUUGAGGUUGCCAAACAUGGAUCUGUGGCUGUGAUAACCAAGGCCGAGCCUCAUGAGAGUAACACUAACUAUGCUCAAGGUGGUGUAAGUGCCGUGCUCUGCCCUAAGGAUUCAGUGGAGAGCCACAUGCAAGAUACAAUUGUGGCAGGUGCUUACCUCUGUGAUGAGGAGACAGUUAGAGUUGUGUGUACUGAAGGACCCGAGAGAAUUAGAGAACUGAUUGCUAUGGGUGCUUCGUUCGAUCAUGGGGAGGACGGCAAUCUCCAUCUAGCCAGGGAAGGGGGCCACUCCCAUUGCCGAAUAGUCCAUGCUGCUGAUAUGACAGGCAGAGAGAUAGAAAGGGCCCUAUUAGAGGCAGUUGUUAAGGAUCCUAAUAUAUAUGUGUUUCAACACCAUUUUGCUAUAGAUUUGUUGACCACUCAGGAUGGUUCUGACAUAGUUUGUCAUGGCAUUGAUACUAUAAACACGGAAACACAAGAGGUCAUAAGAUUCAUUUCAAAAGCGACUUUGCUGGCAUCUGGUGGAGCUGGGCAUAUCUAUCCAAGUACUACUAAUCCGCCAGUACGGGUUUCAAUAUCUUCUCCUCCAAAAUGUUGUUGGUUAUAGUAAGGCACUCCUUGUAAUCAGUAAGAUUAUUCAGUCAUAAACAGUGAUAUGGUGGGAGAAGGUGGGGAGGGAAUCCCUUCCUUGGUGCAAGGUGGCUAGUAGUUACUUUUUUACUGCAAUGACUAGCAUGCUUUUUCUACCCCAAAGGUAGGUAAGGUCUGCAUAUAUCUUACCCUCCCCAGACACCACUUUUGGGUUACACUGGGUAUGUUGUUGGCUAGCAUGCUUUUGCAUUUAAUUGUUGGUGAUAAGCUUGACCUCAAAGGGUGUGUUUUGUAUGAUGGAAAAUGUUUUCCCAGAAAAUAAGUGGUUUUCUUACUUAUUUUUUGGUGUUUGGUUAGCAAGUUAACAAAAAGAAAAUAUUGUACCAAAUGCAUUUAGGUAUAAACCGGGCAAAUACUUUGACAAUGGAUCCUAACCCGAUUCCCGAUCCAACAUGGGACUCGACUCUGUAACCCGACCCCGACUUCGGUCAUCGAGACUCGACUUUGGACCCCAAGACCCGACUCCCCACUCUCGAUACCGACUCGUGAUCCGACUCUUGACCUUAAUCUCGAUUUGAGACCCUACUCUCGUUCCUUAACUCCCAACCUCGACUCGAGACCUAGGAUCCAACCUCAAAUUGGGACCCAACUCCCUAUCCUGACCCAGCCUCAAAUUUGACACAUGACUCGAGAAUCAACCUCGAGACCCAGCCCUAAUGCCGAUUCUAGACCCCAACCCUGACACUAGAUCCCCAUC